AUGCUGUCGGUCCCUGUACACCGUACGAAAAUGGCGCAUCCUUUAGCCUAUAUCAAAAAGUAUGACACUGAAGUCCUAUCUUCUGGGGAUAUGAACGGCAGACGCAAACUACUCCCUCAACGAGGACAUUUAGCCAUUCCCAGGCAACAUAAUUUUCAUCCUUCCUUACUCCAUCUGGACAUUGUAAACUUAGCCGGCAUCGUAGCUGAUAUGCCGAGCCGUGAGGACUUUAUGGCGACAGAACAAUUGCAGGUAUGGCUCCACGGCGUGGAAGCCGGUGGCGUUUUGGGUCUUGGACCUGGGGUCUGGAAUAAGCGGGAAAUGGAGACAAGGAGGGAAAAGAAUGCGACCAAAGAAGAGGAUGAUGCGAGGGUGAGGAGAGCGGAGCGGAUUGAAGAGGUGCUGGCUCGAGUUCGUCGCAUGACCGCAUUUGACGUAUACCUCAACCGAGUAGCGCAAAUCAUCAGCAGUCCAGGCGGCGGUGGCGGAGCGGGUGGGCUGAGCUUC